UCUGUUUAUUUUUAUAAAGAAUACAACAGUACAGAGCUUUUAUUAAUAGAUCCAUAUAGAUUUUCCAGUCGGUUUGGCAUCAAAUAUCUACAUGAKUAUAUUUCCWUAGACGWKAUAAAUCAGAUCUUUCAGAAGAAAGAAGUGUCCCCCAGGUUUUCACACCAAAAGCAUUAUACACCCUCAAACAAUUGAUGAAUCAGGGGUUCCAUUUAACUCCCUUGAAUCCGAAUACAGUUGUCAAUUUAAAAAGAGAUAUUUUAAUUUGAAGCCGAGUAUUUUAAGACAAUCUACAUCUUUACAUUUAGAAGGAUUGAUGCAAAAGAAAUCUGAACAUCAAGAGCAAUUUCAACCAUAUACAUUUGAGGACUAUAAACUGUCCCGUGGCAGUCUUAUUAAGAAGCCAGAAAAUUUAUGUAUGAGCGGUAUUAUCAACAUGGAACCAGAAUAUCGUUCAUCUUAUAUUUCUUUUCCAAUGGUUAACCGCACCUCAAAAAUUUUACCUCGAGAAGCGUUUCGUCUCUUUUCUGACAAUACGAAUAAGAACCCUCACUCAGAAGAGGGAAAGAAUACUAUAAGUAAGAAGCUUAUAGCUGAUAAAAUUACUAGUGAAAACAGCGUACAACAAAUUUGUGUUGAAACGAAAUAUAACACAGCCCCAUCUGAAUAUAAGCAACAGUUCAUACGAUUUCCAAUUGAAAAGGCGUGCUCAAUUCCACAAAUAAGUCACCUGAAAAUACAAGGUGAAUUUGGUGGCGUGCCCGAAUAUAAAGACAGUUUUAAGGCCUACGAAACGAACUUAAAGAGCGCACCCAUUAAAAAAGGCGAUAAUUUGCGAAUGCCUGGUGCUCAAGAAAUUGAUGUCGAAACAAAUGCGAUUUUAAAAUUUACAGAGCAUCGCGCGAAAUUAAAAGAUCCCAUCGAAUUUGCAUCAAACAAAAAAUUACUUAAAGUCAAUAAUCAUAUAAAUCUGUGUGGUCAAUUCUCAAAAGAUAUACCAGAAUAUUAUGAAAGCUUCCGCGAUCCUCAAAUCAAACAUAUGCCUGAGCGUAGCAAAUGUCGUGAACCAUUAUUACGCCUUAAAGGUAAAAUUGAAUUUAAUCCUGAAUAUAGAAACACUUUUUUGGAUUUUCCUCGUUCACGCCCCGUUAUUCGAAAACCACCUUCCACUUUACGCUUGUCAAACGCAUCAAAUACAUCAAAAGGGGCAAUUACGAAAAAUAUCAAACAGUCACUACGUCCAAAAUUGGAGUCAUGUUCAACAAAUGUACAUCCACAGCAUGAAAAACAGCCCUCAGAUAUCAUCAUAACACCAGAAUAUCGUCAUGCCAAUUAUCAGUAUCAGAUGCGUGAACGGACGCCAGUUAGGAAUCGAAACGAGAAAAAAGGUGGCGAUUUUGAAGUGGGUCGUGAAUCUAAAACCAAAUAUGUAUCGAUUGUGACAGAUCGAAAAAACUCUUUUCUUUCGACGAAAAUGGCUGGUAAGCAGAAGCGACGUAUUUUGUCUAAUCGUUUAAAACCCACUGAGUAUCAACAAGGAACAGGGUUGGAAAAAGAGGUCCCUUGUGUAACGAAAAAUACCCCAAAAUAUGGUAGACGUGCUUCCGUACUUCCUAAUUCAUCGAUACUCGAGUCCUCUGUUUCUGAUCAGGCAACUAGCGACACCCCCUUUGUGGUGUUGAAUGGACCUUAUAAGCAGUCUCCCUGGACGAAAAAAUCGUGGUAUGAAUCAUAAACAUUGUUCAAUAACAACAACUUUUAUGAAAUGUGUGUAAUUUUUUUGUUUUCAUAAAACUACAAAGUUCUUUGUUAUGGAGAAAAGAUUCAAUUAAACAAUUUAUGGAUUCAAAAAAAAUCUGUAUAUAUUAUUAUUGUGCACACACAUAAUAUGAAGGAGUAAGAGAUAUCGGUUGCUUAUGCUUCCGUUUUGGCAGUCACGUUUCAAUAAUGCAUUUAAUAUUUGUAACAAUUAUUAUUUCCUCUCUGGUCAUACCUAAUUUUAGGAUUUACAUAUAUGUGUAGCGAAGAGGUUCAUGUUAUUAUGAAAUUAUUUAGUAAUUAUUAAUUCCAAAAAAGCAACACCUAUGUAUAUUUAUAUGUACAGCUGCGAACAAGAAAAUAGCAGUAACUAUGGCAGUUUUGUAUAUGUAAAUAUA